AGGUCUCCGCCCCUCUCGUAAUCUCACUCCUUAUAUUUGAUUGUACGUUGUAUAAACAUGGGUAAUCAACACUCACGCUACGGAGACUAUCAACCAAAGUUCCCACCCAAGCAAGCAUAUUACUCGGGAUAUAGCACGCGACGAAAACAUAGACGAGCUCACGACCGCGACGACGAACGUUAUGAAGAUGGCGGAUACCCAAACUACACAUACUCGCAAUACCCUGCUUUCACGCGUGAACUACAGCUUCUCAUACGCAACAGCCCCACGGAUACACCCCAGUCGUGCCGUCACCAAUGAACUUUGCUCACCCAGCACCCUCUGCAUACCCUGUGAUACCACCUAUGCCCGUGCCCACGCAUCCCGUGGUCGUACCGAACGCCGCUCCCAUGCCGCAACCCAUGAUGCAGAUGCCCAUGCCACAACCUAUGCCAACCGCCAUGCCUCCCACGACAUCUGCACCUGUGAUACCACCUGUGCCGCAGACCGGGACUGGGACUCCAUAUCCUAUGGCUCCUGAACCACCGGUCAUUCCAGCGAUGGCCGCCGUUUACCCUCCACCACUCCGGUACGACGACCGCUCUUCCUCGUAUGAUUCUUCCUCGAGUUCAGAUUUAGGGGACAUGCAGCCCGGACCUUCACUUCCUCCCAGACAGUCUGGUCUACGAAGCUUUGUUUUCGAACGUCCACAGUCCAUUGUCUUCCACCAUCAUCCACUUCCGUCCCCUCCAGUGGACAUCUUCGAGCAUAGUCCCAAUAUGAGACUCCUCGAGGAUCUCCGGCGUCCUGUAGAAGAAGUCCUGGCGAAGAGUAAAGUGUCCCCGACUGGCUAUGUGAUUACACCCGUCGGGACUCGGGCGUCACAUGAGAAGAAGAAACGCAAGGGCCUGUUCCGAGCUUUUGGUGAAAAGCUCAGUGGCAAGUCGAAACGCGAGCACGAACAGCCACAAAUGACGCAAAUGGCCAUUCCAGUUGUGUACGCCGCUGCACCAGCCUUGGUUCAGCCACAGAUACGACCAGGCGUCGUGCCAUCGCCUGGCUAUGUAUAUGACCCUGCGCACGCGAGCUCAGGCAUCAUCCCACCACAAGUAGGGUUCAUACCAGGGACUGCUCCAACUCCGAUGUUUGCUAUGCCUGCGUCUGGGACACCCGCCCCUCCACCUCCACUGCCGCCAAAAGGGCCUGCAUCACCGUCACCUUCGCACGCAUACAGCCCGCGUCCACAUAGUCCACGUUCGCACAGCCCUCGUGCGCAUAGUCCGCGACCUUACAGCCCUCGACCAUAUAGUCCGCGUUCGCAUAGUCCUCGCCAUAGCCAUGAACCACUCCGGAUCGACCUGCUCGGCAGUUUCACCGAACUUACCCACAUCUCUCCGCACGAUGUACUCUUCAACAACAGGUUGUACCCGACCGUAUUACAUGCGUUGGAAGCUCAGCGGUUUGAGGGGAUCAGGCCAGAUAUUGUCGACGAGAUUGCGGCGUGCCACACCCCCGAUGAUGUUCGUGUCGUCGUGAGCCGAAGCAGCGAUUUCUCCCGACCGGACUGGGAGCAAGUUGUUGUGCAGAUGAUGGAUGAGGUUCUUUUUCACAAGUUCAAGCAACAUCCGCAUCUUCAACAGAUCCUUUUGGGCACCGGAGAUCUGUCUCUGCAAUUUUUUGCCCAGCAGGACAACUUCUGGGGAGAUGGGCCCCUUGGGCAAGGAGCGAAUCAUCUGGGCAAGGCUCUUGAACGCGUUCGGGAGAGGCUUCGCAACGAACGCUACCCGUGACCGCGUGACCACUUGUUUCCUUCCCCCGACUUAGACUUUAUCAUACUGUCGGCCCAGGAACACUGCGUUGACGCCGUCCCUAGCCGCUGCUAAUAAUUCCCUGUACCGCUUCCCAGACUGCUGUGAACAUGCUACGUACCACAUUCUUGCAGCGAUUUGUCAUGUACCGGAUGCUCAUUUAAUGCAGCGAGGAUCGUCUCG